AUGGAAAUUUUAACGCAGUCACAGGUGCAUGGGCUCACCACCCCCACGACGGCAGCCCGAAAGAAGGAUGCGGAAGCGAAGGAAAACCUCUGGUCGUCCAUCCUGAGCGAGGUGCAAACACAGAGUAAUACCAAGCUGCCGUCGAACAAAUCGGUGCUGGUGCUGGGCGAUAAUGCGAGCGGCAAAACUACCCUCAUUGCUAAGCUGCAGGGCGUCGAGGAUCCAAAGAAGGGAUCCGGCCUAGAGUACGCUUACAUCGACGUACGGGACGAAUAUCGAGAUGAUGUCACACGUCUGAGCGUUUGGAUUCUGGAUGGUGAUCCAGGACACAACAAUCUGCUCAAGUUCGCCCUCAACGAACAGAACUUCCCGCACACGCUCGUCAUACUGACCCUGUCGAUGACGACACCGUGGAGCUGGGUGGAUCAGCUGCAACACUGGAUGAAGAUACUGGACGAUCACAUUGCAGGGCUAAAGAUUGAUCCAGAGGAAAAACAGCAGUGUCAGGCACGGUUAACGACGGAAUGGCAGAACUACUGCGAAACAAUCGACGAUCUCGAUCCGGGCUCGCCAAUCAAGCGCACGAACCGGUUGCCUUCGGUGGACGACGAGCUGGACGCGUUGCCCCUACCGGAAGGCGUCCUUACGACCAACCUAGGCCUCGAUGUGGUCGUCGUCGUUACCAAGACCGACUAUAUGACCACGCUGGAGAAGGAGCUCGAUUAUCGGGAUGAGCAUUUUGACUUCAUGCAGCAGUGGAUCCGGCGGUUCUGUUUGAUGUACGGUGCGUCACUCUUCUACACCAGCGUGAAGGAGGACAAAAACUGCGAUCUACUCUACAAAUACCUCACGCAUCGGAUUUACGGUUUACCAUUCCGGACGCCCGCGCUGGUCGUUGAGAAGGAUGCGGUGCUAAUACCGGCCGGUUGGGACAAUAUGAAAAAGAUCAGCAUACUGUACGAAAACAUGCAGUCCUGUAAACCGGACGAUUAUUACAACGAUAUUAUUGCACAACCGCCUUCGAGAAAGACUGUUUCGAACCGUGAGAGCGAAAUUCAAACCGAGGAUGAGCAAGCAUUCCUUGCCCGCCAACAGCAGCUGCUCCAGCAGGGCCAGACGCCAACGCGGGGCGAAUCGCCGCUCCGGUCGCAGCCCAGCAACGGUACCAAGACCACCCCACGGACUCCGGUGGCCGCUGGUGCCCAGGGCUCACCAAAGAAGGUCGAUGGUAAGCUUACUCCCGGCACGCAAAGCGGUGAAGGUGUGCUGGCAAACUUUUUCAACUCUCUGCUGCACAAGAAGUCUGUUUCGCCCGGGUCGGCUGCGGCAGCGGCCGCUGCCGGUGGUGUUACCGGCACCGGCAGUCCGCUCAGUGCGUCCAGCUCACCUUCCUCGCUGUCACCGCGCUCUAACGUAAUAAACGGCACGACCGAUACGGUGUCGGCGAGCGACAAGAUUAGCAUGCGCACUGAUGCCGCCCUCGAGCUGGACCGUCUCGCACGGAGCGUCAAAAAGGAUCUGGACUACUCGGCGGCACAGUCCGACUGCUGA